GGCCUACAAGGACAUUAUCAUUUCCGCAAGAGACUUUUACACAAUUAAUUGCUAUUACAUCAAUGCAAAAUGAAACCAAUAGAAGACGUAGCUGAAAUGCAUAUUUGAUCCUACUACUGAUAAGUAGUACAGUGGUGGAAGAAUAAUCUGCCCACCUCAGUAUGUGCGAACUGACAACACAUCCACUGAGUUUAUAGUUUGCUCUUGUCUGUAUUAUAGUACUAAAAAAAGUGAACAACCACACGAUUUAUAUACCAUUCAACACAAGACGAGAAGCUGAAAAAUACUGUGCUACUUUGCCGAUCUGCGUGUCAGUAAAUGAUAGCAUCAUAGAGGUGAAUCCCUCCGAAGAUACUUAUUACGUUCUCGCUUACACAAAGAAGCAGGCAAAGACAUUUGAUUUCCAUUUUCAUAGACAUGAAGUGUAUUGGAUCGAGAAAAACGAUGGGGAGUUCGGGUCUGCUUCAAUAUACAGGUCAUCGUUGGAGACAAAUCCAGCCCCCCUCAGCAUAGCAAAGGGUCCCAUCCCCCUGGUGGGGCAACGGGGAGGACCACCACUCCUCGUAGCAACAAUGGGUGCCUGUGGUGGUCUCUCGGUGGACUGGAUCCAAGAACACAUCUAUUGGAUAGAUGAAGAGUGGGGUAACAUUGUUAUGGCAACAUUGGAUGGAAGUCACCAAAGAGUGGUCUACACCAAUGACACCUUGAUCUCUGGCAUUGCAGUGGAUGCAGUCAGGAAACAUAUUUUCUGGCUAGAAGGGAUGCAGGUGAGGAAGAGACCACCCCUAUUCUCUUUGGAGAUCAAGAUAGCCCAUCUCUGUGGGAUCAAGAUGAAGACAGUGAUAUCCUCAAUGACCUGGCCAUCACGACAUUUUGGAAAAAACUUUUUCUUAGAUGUUCCUGAGGGAAAGAUCUAUUUCCUGCAGCGUCCAGGCGAACUUGCCGUCAGCGAUUAUCGUGGGAAGGAAAAGGAAAGUGUGAAAAUCUUGCUCCCGGUCCCCGUAAGCUUCAGUGUCACCAGGAAUGUCUUCUUCUGGCUGAAUGAAGUUGGUGAUGUGUUUGCUCGAUCGAAGGAAGGCGGAAAGAUCUUCCAAAUACUUUCUCUUUGUCAGAAUUGCACCAUCCAAGAUAGGAAAGCACUCUUAGACACUAACUUUCAUCUGAGGGCAAUUGACGAGCGGAUGCAGCCAAAGAUGGAAUACCAAUAUUGGGUUUUGACAGAAUGUCUACUGAAUUACACAACAUCCACAGACUUUUGCCCUUGUCCAUUUGGUUAUAAAACAGGGCAAAAGAAUGACACCUGUGAAGAAGACGGAAUUUUCUUGGCUUCGUAUGAAUCUGCUAUUCAAAUGAUUUCUACAAAGGGGGAGAAAAUGACGUUGAACUUCAAAAAGCAUGGGAAGUUUCCCGAUCUGGAUUUCCAUUAUGAGAAAAAGCUGUUAAUCUGGAUUGACUCUGAAGAAGGAAGAAUUUACAAAGCACCCAUUUUCAAUCUCUCAGACCAAUCUACAGUAAGUCUGCAAGUGAGAGGGUCUCAAGGAGUAGCUGUGGAUUGGAUUUACAACAAUGUCUACUGGAGCAACAACAAUGCUCAAGGAGGCUGUGUUGAAGUUUGUCGUCUUGACGGGAGUGCAAGGCAGCAGAUAUUAUACAGAAACCCCUUCAGUCAGUUAAUGUCCAUAGCCUUAGAUCCUAUUGCAGGACUGAUGUACAUCUCCAACUGGACAGGAGGCAGCAUAGAAGUAUCAGGGAUGGAUGGAUUAAAUCUAAAAAAUUUAGUACGAGGGUUAUACAGUCCUCAAAGUCUGACGUUGGACUUCCACCGAUCGUCUAGGACACGCUAUGAGGCAAGGCAGCUGUUCUGGGUUGAAACCAGAGAUGAGGCUAUCAUCAUCAAAACAUGCUACUUGAAGAACAAAUUGAGCUGCCGUAAGUUGUACAGUCCACCACAGAGAAUUGUGACGACUGCUAUGACUUUGUUCAACAAUAGGAUAUAUUGGGCAGAUCGACACACUAUCCAGAGUAUCCGGCAGGAUGGAAUAGGACGACCAAAGAAGAUCCGAGUUUCCAGUAGACACAUGAUCCCUCACUCACUCCGGAUGUACCACUCUAAGGCACAACCACCAGGGGAAAAUCUUUGCCACUGGGGAAAAUGUCCUUACCAAUCCCUUUGUUUACCCUCCGCCUCGGAAUAUACCAACCAAUUUACUCGUUGUGUACGGAGAAAUGCCUAUCAUCAAACUUAUGGCAAUUAUUUUAGAGGCGUCUAAAUUAAUCUAGACUAUAAAAUAUGAAUAAUAUUUAGUUUUUUAUUUAUACAUUAAGUUUAGAUAUUGGUUAAACAGUUAUGGGUAAUAACUAAUUUUAAAAAAUCCAUAAAUUAAAAAACUUUAUAUCAGA